AUGGCUCACCGGUGUAGCACAGUUCUUGAAACGGCCUGGGAUAAUACGGUUAAACAAAAACAAGAAUUUGAUAGCUUUUGUAUGGGAAUUCAACAUAAAUUACCGAAAACAAUGAACCGUACUAGUGGUACAAGACCAUGGCGAUCCUAUUAUACCAUUCAAGAUUCGUUAAACGAUUCCUAUGAAGAAUUAACAAAAAUUUUACGUUUACGCGGUGAAUCUCAUCGAAUAUUUUCAUUUGAUCCUAUGAUCCAGUAUUGUGGUACAGAUGAUGAUGAACCACCGAAUUCAGUAAUGAAUAUCCUUAAAACAGAAAUGGUAAAAUGUUUGGACGACAAAUUUUGGAGUAGUUUAACACAGUGGCACUGGAUGGCAACAUAUUUGGAACUAACAUUGAAGCAAUUACCAUUUGGGAAUGAUAAAAAAUAUAUUGAUAAACAGAAAGCUGAAAUAAAAAAGAAUUUACAUAUAUUGGCCAAUGAUUUUCCCGAUAAUAAUCCUUCGACGAUGACAAUAUUCACAACAACCUGUCAAGCAUCACCGGCCAAAAAACUGAUCCAUUUGCAGCAUUUCAUCUGUGAACAAGAUUCAAUAUCAAAUGAUGUAUUUCCAUUAACAAUGGAUUUAUCUGAUCGUUAUUGUUCGUCUUUAACUCAAAAUGAAUCAAGUUUAAUUAAAUCUGUUGGAUUAAUUGCUAUUUCAUGUUAUCACAUGGCAAAAAAACUUCGAUAUAAUCCGAUCAAUUUCAAAGAAAAUCAUAAAAUUAGUCUAAUAUUAAAUGAUUAUACGGAUGAUGACAUAUUUGCGGGUUACAGGAGCUACGUUACGAAACGAAAGCCGUUUCGAAAAGCACGUCACAGUCACGUACGUUUAAAAUUUGCUCGUGAACAACAAUACUGGUCCGAUAAUGAUUGGAAAUAUGUGGUAUUCUCUGAUGAAUCUCAUUUUGAGGUAUUGAAUCGAAAAAAUCGAUCAUUUGUUCGUUAUCUUCGAUCUGAGCAAGAUAAACCGUUCAACUUUCGUGCUCGUGUACAAGGAGGAGGGGGCUGCGUCUCUGUAUGGGGGUGUAUGACGGCUGAAGGUAUCGGUUCAUUGGUCGUAUACAAGGGGCGAGUGAAUGGAAAAAAGUAUAUCGAAAUGUUGAAUCUAAGUUUGCCAUCGUUUAUCAAAAAACGAUUUAAACCUGGCCAAAAAUGGUACUUCAUGCAAGAUAAUGCCCCCGUGCCACACGUGCAAAUUUAG